AUGACUGAAAAGGAGUUUGAUGAACCAGGAGACGAUUUAGAACAGUUUGAUGAACUGGAGAAAAACUUCCAAAAAGUCGUCUCAGAUCUAGUUGCUGAUCAAAAUUUAACAACUUUUAGGGCAGAAUACGAAAAAUUACAUCAAAGUCUUGUUAAAUCGCAUAGUGAAAACUUAGUAUUAAUUGAAAAAUGCAGACAAUUAAAUAACGAUAUUCUUGCAAAUGCUAAUAAAGUUUCAUCUGUUAUGCAACUCAGCCAAAGUGAUCAAAGAACAAUUGCAGGCCUUAAACACGAAUUUGAAAAGGCUUGGUCACUCGUCGAGAUUUCUCAAGAUAAGGAGCAAAAGAGUAAGGAUGUUAUUGAGAGUUUAAAGGCAGAAGUUGCAAAAUUAUCGAGAUUAGUUGAACAAGGAAGUUCGUUAGCUUUUACUCAAGAAACUUCACUUAACGAAACAGAACAAGCUGUGAAAGUACUUAAGUCAGAUAUACAAAAUCAAGGCAUGCAGCUCGAACAAAUGAAAAAAGAACUUGAAGAUCGAAAACAAGUUACAGAAACGAUAUUAGCUGAUACAGCUAAAUUAAAAGAAGAAUUUAAUACGCUUUCAACUGAUUCUGCUGAGGCAAAAGCAAGCGAGCAAGAAGUUGCCCAAAAAAUCGAACAAAUUCAUAAAGAUCUUAACGAUAUUAAACAACAAAUCAAGCAAUCCAAUCAAACAAUUACAGAUAAUAUUAAUUUAAUCAAACAAAAGAAAGAUGAUAACGAAAAUCUUAAAAAUUAUUUCUAUUCGACAAAAAGUGCUCUGAAAGUUAAUCAAGAGGAUCUUGAUAACUUAAGGAGUGAAAUUGCAGUUCGAAAAACAUUACUUGAUAAUAAUCGAACUAAAAAUGACAAAACACAAGCAGAUUUAGUUUCAACGAAGCAAGCAAUUGAAUCAACGAAGACAAAAUUCGAAGAAACAAAUAAAGAAUUACAAGGAAUUGCUGAAGAAACAGCACAAAUGCAAAAUAUGUUAAAUAACGAAAAAGGAAUAUUCCAAGACCUUAUCAACCAAAAGAAACAAAAUCAUAAACGAAUUGCUGCUUGCCAACAAGAAAUCAUCCUCAGAACAACAGAUUUAAAUCAAAUCCAAAAUAAUAAUAACAUCGCGAGAAGAACUAUUGAAAAUGUACGUUCAGAACAUCAUAAACUCAUUGAAAGUAACAUAGAAGAAGUACAUGAAACAGCAUUUGUCGAAAAUCAAAAUUCAAUUUUGUUAAAUCAAGCAAUUGACAUCAAAAUUGACACUCAUAACCUCAGAGGUGAUGUUAUUCAGAUCCAGAAAGAUAUUGAAGACUAUCAGAUUAAAACACAAGCUGCAAGAUCCAAUUUACUUCAAAUUCACGAAGAAGUUACAAAUCGUGAAAAUCAAUUGAGUGAAAAGACAAUACAACUUGCCGGAAUAAACGAAAACAUUAAGCAUCAAGCAUCAAUUACAGAAUCAAUUAAAAAUGAUCGUGAUCUUGUUCACAGAUUACUUCAAACUGCGAUGUCUGAUAACACAGAACUUUCCGAAGAAACAAAAGCUCUUAAUCUUGGAAUACAACAAUUGAAAACAGAUAUCAGAGAAAAGGAUGAAUUAUGUCUAUCAACACAUAUUACUCAGAAAACUCUUGGUGAAUCAUUGAUACAGUUAACAAAAGAAAAGAAUGAACUCGCACAACAAGUUGCUGACAUUGAUUCUCAAAAUACAGAAUUAAGAAAUCAUAUACAGAAAUCUAGAUAUCUUUUAUCACAAACAGAGCUCCAAAACAUGAAACAACAACAAGUUAUAAAUGACUUGCAGUCAAUCAAAUACUCUCUCAAUGAAAGUGUAACUAAGAAAUCAUGUGAAAUCACAGAUAUUCAUGAAAAAAUUUAUUUACUCAAUGGUGAACUCAAAACAGGUUCUCUCGCGUUCAAAAACAAAAUAGAAACAAUUGAAAACUUAAAGAAGGAACUCAUUCGUGAAGUAAAACGUCAUCAGUUUUUGUUAGAUAGCGUUCAACAUUCAAAAGCACUUUUCAAAGAACACAUUCAAUUAACAAAAGCACUUUUGAUGGAACAAGGCAAAUGCAGAGCUUUAGAAGACGAAUUAGAGAGACCAAUGAACAUCCACAGGUGGAGAUUCUUAGAAGGCACGAAUCCUGAUUUGCUACAGUUAUUUAAGAUGUCAAUGGAACUGAAGAACAAAUUGAUGGAGAAAUUAUACGCUUUGCAAAGAAUAAACCUCAAGAGAGAUAAAGCUAAAGAAGAUCUUGAUAAACAAGAGAAACAUUAUAAAUGGGCUUAUACAGGAAAUAUCAAUGAAGAAAUGAAUUAUCUGAAUAAUGUUUUGAAAGCAAAGAAUCAGCAAUUUAACGAGAUUUCUAAUCAAGUUGCUUUAGGCCAAUCAAGUGUUGAUGAACAGAAAGGAGUUGUCCUUAAUUUAAGAGAAAUGUUGAGAGAAGAAAAGUCCGGUUAUUACGACAUGAAAAAGAAAGUUGAUGUAAUUAGAGCUUCCACUGUUAAAGGCUCAAGAAAUGCUCAAAGUGAAUUAUCAAGAGAACCUAAGUCUGCAGAAGUAAGGUUCGUUGGAGGUGGUUUCUCUGUUUCACAGAUGCCUUCUCAACAACCUGAUGUAAAACCUUUAACAGCAAAAUCUGGAUUUUCACCCCAUAUUUUCGCUCCUUCUAGACCAAAGACUGUUAUGAAGAAGAAAUUACCAAGCGGUUGGAACCCACAGAGAGCUCAACUUCAGCCUUUCUUACCAACUGUUUCUGGACCAAAUGUAUAA